AUGCUUGUCUCGCGUAAGGUCAAGGGCAAGGGCAAGGGUAAGGGCAAGGGCAAAGGCAAGGGCAAGGCGAAGGAAAAGGGCAAGGGCAAGGGCAAGGGCAAGGGCAAGGGCAAGGGCAAGGAUAAGAUCAGGAACAAGAGCAACAGUAAUAGCUCCAAGAGACCGACAAACGAGCCGAUCAUGCCGUCACAUAAGGGUCUGGUCUCGCCCGCCGCCAGCACAUCUACGGGCUCCACCAAGUCGGCCUUUACUCGUGUGCCACCGGCGACGACCCAGGCGACACCGCGCGAGUCAGAAGCCGGCAAGUCCAAGGCCAAGGCCCUGGAAUCGGAAAACGAGUCUGGAAGUGGGUCUCGCGGCGAGUACACGUACGAAGAGUCGUAUGCUGAGAUGACGGUAUCGGAUGACUGGUCAGAGGGUGGCUCGUUGCACUCGGAUUCGAGCGAGCACUUUAAGCCGAUGACGAAGAUCGAGCUCGAGACGAUUAUCAAGGACCGUACCGGGGCCCACACCUCGUUGCCACCGCUCGUGGAUGAGAAACAGUCGGCGCAGGGCAAGAAGGUCUCGAGCGUGAGAAAGUCGGUGCGGAAGAGUCCAGCGCGCUUGCCAGCCGAAACCAAGGAAGCCGCGCAAGACAAGGCUUCGCCGGCUGCGGCCAAGGCGGACACCCGGGCCGGGGCCAAGGCAGCGCUGCACGAAUCCCGUGGCGAGCGAGCAGCGCGGCGGAGAACGCAGGGAAAGGCUGCGGCAAAGGUGGCUGCGGCAAAGGCAAUGGAGGCGUCGCGGCGGCAGUACAUGCUUGCGUUGCGCAAGGACCGUGAGAUCAUGCAUCAAGCCGUGACGGCUGUUCUAGCGCAGCAGGACGCCAUUCUGGACGCCAUGCUCAAGGCGCACAACGUUCAAUUGUGA